AUGGUUCGAAAAUUAAACAUUAAUUACACAAAGUUCGAAGACAGACAUUAUUGGAUAUUACAACCAAAGACAGGUGCUACUGAUAAAGUAGUAUUUUACGUUCAUGGAGGUGCUUACGUUCAAAAUAUGAUUAGCUUCCAGUGGUUUAUGGUUGGAGCUAUUAUUAGUCGUACAAAUGCAACAUUUAUCAUUCCAGAUUACGAUCUUGCACCAAGGUGGACAUAUACGAAGCUGUUUUCAUUCAUCAAAAACUUAUAUUUACAUGUUUUGGAGAAAAACGCACCAGAGAAAGUAUAUCUUCUAGGAGAUUCAGCAGGAUCAGGAUUUAUACUUAGUUUCGCCAUGUCUCUCAGAGAUAUGAAACUUCCUUUACCAUCCAAGAUAUUUAUGGUCUCACCAUGGGUAGAUUUAUCAAUGACAAAUCAAGAUUGCUAUAAGAACGAUAAAGUUGAUACGAUGACAAGUAUUUCUGGUCUCAUUCAAGCUGCUAAACUCUUUGCUGGAGAUAUUGAUCUGAAAGAUCCAAGAAUCAGUCCACUUUAUGGCAAUUUACAUAAUUUACCAAAUAUCUCUAUGUAUGAUGGUACUCAUGAUGUCUUAAAUCCUGAUGUCAGACUUUUGAGAGAUAGAUUCCAGAAAGAGAACAUUCCUUUGAACUAUUACGAGUUCCCACAUAUGUUCCAUUGCUUCCCAGCUGUACCAUUCCUUAGAGAAGCCAAAGUUGCAAAUCAAAAUAUAGCAGAUGCAAUUUUGGAGUAG